AUGGAAAUAUCCGAAUUAGUGUCAGCGCGAAGAUUUCGCGAAUUCAAUACGCAACAAAAAGAGGAAUUGUUUGAAACUCUGCUGCAGUUAAUUGUGGCCAUCGACGAGAUACCUAAGAGGUCCUUACGGCGCACUUUGGACGUCACCUUGGCCGUGUUGCAGUACAAGGGCGAACAAGUAGCAGCCUUACAGUUGCAACUAGAAGACAAAGCGAGCAGUGAAGAUGACUCGCGUACAGAACGUUUAGUGGAUGAGAAUGAAAAACUUAAAGUUAUGUUAGAAAAGCUAGAAGAUGAAAAGACGGAGCUUAACGGCAAAAUUAAGGAGCUCACGGAAGACAUUUUCCAGUUGCAAAAGCGCAUGCAAGAAGCUGCUCAAACUGCUGCGGCCGAAGGUAGCGAUAAGGACUCCUCUGAUCCACUUUCAGAACUGGAUAAACAGGAGGAUUUAUUACGAAAUAUCAACUCGAAGAAUAAGCAUAUUAAGCGAUUACUACGUGAAAUAGAGGCGCUUCAAAAUCAAAAUAUAGCACAGUCCAAAACUAUUAUCGAAUGCGAAACGGAGCUGCAACAGAGCAAAGCAAAACUUCUGCAACUUAGUGCCGAUAUAACACUCGUUAAUAGCGAGCGAAAGGCACUGAAAGAAACUGUUAAUGAACUGAACAUUGAAAUCACGCGACUCGAAGGCAAUAUCACCUAUCUUGAAGAGGAGCGAGAGAAAAGUGAGCGCGAUUUGAGGGGUUUCAUAGAAAAGUUGGAAAUAAAGGCGCAGUCAUGGAAAAGUAUGUUGGAUGCGAAGAAUAAAGAAGUGAAGAAAUUACGUAUGCGCCUCGAAAAGGUAGGAGAGCCAACAAGCCUCGUCGAGAGUAAAGCGCGCAGCGCCGACAAGGAUGGUAUGGGCAAGAAUGCCACUACCAGCGAUGACGAAGAAGAGACUACCAAGCUUUUACAUGCCCUUGAAUCACGUGAUAAGCAUAUCGAAUCGCUCGAAUUGAAAAUAAAAUAUUUGGCCGAAGAAAUGAUGUCAACCACACAACUAAUGAACCAACUCUCUGUUGAGAAAGAGGAAGCACGCAAUCCCAACAAAACUCGAGCCUGCUGUAAGACCAUUGAGGAAUCUCUUCAUGCGGCCAACGUGCGCUGCAACGAGCUCUCCGAAAUGUUGGACCGCAGUGAAGAGGAUAAUGCGCUUAAGUCCAAGCAAGCAAUGCAAGCCAUUUCAGAGCUCGAAGCUUACCAACUUGGCGAAGAAGGUCUGGUAAAGACAUUGCGCAAAUGCACUGCCCUUGAGCAGAAGGUCAUUUCACGGGACAAACAAAUACGCGCCCUAAUUAUGGAACUCAAUUCGAUGCACGAAAUUGCACAUGAGAAUGGUAUACUGCGAAAACGUUUGAAUAUACCCGAUGACAUGGUAAUAUCGGCGAAGAAUCUGAUAGCCAAAGAACGCAAUAAAGAUAAAAUGAUUGAACGACUCACGUUGAAGUUGCGCGCUUCAGAAGAAAUGCGCCUUCAGUUGAAGCUGGACAAAAACGAUUUGAGAAAAGAAUUGUUGGAUAUUCAAAAGCAACUACAGACGACAUCUCCACCUGCGGUUGAAGAGGACAAAGCUACCAUGGAUAGCCUGCACAUACCUAGCGAGGUCGGUGAGGUGACCGAAAGUGUAAAUGCCAGCAAUGUGGUCCAUAACGCUGCUAUUAACUUCUGUGCGAACUGUAAACAAUCCUUAGAUAUGCCAGAUGAGUGUAAUCAAGCCAUAGACACCACGCAGCUUAAAUAUCAAGAUGUGCUCGAUGAAAAUGAUACUUUGCGCGCUGGCAUGUUAGAGAUUCUGGAAAAACUCAGAGAAUAUGAUGGUGCGUCCGAUCACAUCACCAUCGACACGGAAAUGCUCUACCGACUGCUCGAAGCACUACGCACUAGUUCAGUGCCGAGCACUCCCAAACGGUUGCAAAGUGAACUGCAAGCUCUGAAAGCGCGUGAGGAAGCGCUACGUGCGCUUAUAAAACAGCAACCGCACACACAUGACCGCGAAGGCAAUGAGACUGAUGAGCUAAGUUCUGUGGAAAGUAUGCGUGAAGGUAGCGAGCUACGCAACGGCGCUGACGAAGAUUUAUCACUUCAUUUGCCCAAUCCCUUGGAUUCUUCCACUCGCCCUACCACGCCCAACAAAAAUAUCAAGCAAAAAGAACUCCCUGUCAUAUCAAGUGAUAAGUCGAUUUUUGAAGUCGAGGCGCGUGAUCUGGAACUACAAGUAGCCGAGUUGAAAAUUUAUCGUCAGGGUUUUGAAGAUCUCCAAGAACAAAUGAAAGCUAGUGACGUGGAGCUCACACAACGUUGCGCUGAUUUGACUGCACAACUUGUGAGCGUACAACUAGAACUCAACAAAGAAAAGUGUUCAUAUGCUUUCAUGCGCGACGAUUACGAUAAUACUCUCAACGAAGCCAAACAAAAUUAUUUACGUCACAUAGAGCAAGUGACCACGCUCCAAAAAGAUAAAGGCUCACUUGAGGAUAAACUGGCCUGCGUUGAAAAAGAGUAUAACCAAUUACUAAAUGCAGGAAAUUAUAGCAAAGAGGACUAUUUACAAGUGCAAGCGGUCAAUUCAGAUUUACGCGCGCAACUUGCGUUCAUCAUUGAACAGCUCUUUAGUGGUAAAUUGGCAGCCGACUUUCAAAUUCCCGAUGUGUGUGCGGACUAUGGCAUUAUAAAUGAAAAUCUACAAUUGGACUAUUUAACUUUUGAGGAAUAUAAAGAGCUGCAAACAACGCUGAAGGAAUCACAACAGCAGCGUGAAGAAUCAUUGAGGAAGUCUGCACAACUUGAAAGUUUACUGGAGAUUGCUCAAAGCCAAAUUCAAUCUCAACAAAAACUUUUGAAUGAAAUCACGGAUAACCAUGUUAAUCUGCGACAUCUGGUAGCAGAUCUACAAAGUAAUACAGAAAAGAAUCUGUUAUUGGCGAAAAUGCAAAGGGAACUCGAUAGUGCCAAACAAGAGUUGUCGAAUUUGCGUUUUGACUUUGACCAACUAAAGCAGAAGUGCUCGGUACUAGAACGUGAUUCAGAUGCUAAGGACCAUAAACUUAUCCAACUCACCAAGGGCUUCCAGUUGGAACGCAAUUCUAAGGAUAUCAAGAUCAAGUUUCUGCAAAAAUCGUUAUAUGUUUUGCGAGAAAAAUACGCCAAAUUUACACCGCUUAUCUUCCUGACAAAUUUUGUUUUUGCAUAUACCAAAUUUACAAAGAAAUCUCUUCGAAGCACUGAAAAUGAUAGAACCGAUAAACUCGUUGAGAAUGUUAAGGAGACAAUUAUGGCUAAGUUAAAAACUGAAAAUUUGUUUGUGGACGAUUCGCAUAGCUUAAUCAAACUCAUUAAAUCAGAAACGCAGUGUAAAUUGUUGGAAGAAAAUUUGCAAGAUUUGCAAAGAAAAUACGAUUCCCUGGAAGCAGAGCUGCUGGAGCAACGCAUACGUUCUGCGAAUGAAUCUGAGCAUUGGCAAACAGUAGUCGCGAUUUUCGGUGACCGUGUAAGCGAGAGCCAUCCGAGCACUUCAAGUGAUGAGAAAACGCCCCAACCUGCCGAGAAAAAUGAAGAAGAAUGUCUCAGCGUGCGUCAAAAAGAUGUAGCCACCAAUACUAAUGCACCAGUGCCAGCUGAACGUAAGUUAUCGGCUAACGCAGAAGCGCAUCCACUUAGGAAAAAAUCAACAGUUGAGAUGUUAGAUAAAAACCUUUCACCCAUCGGCUCCCCUAUGCGACGCAUACAAAAAGUAAGCGCUACAACACAAACCUCUGAGGAGCUGAACGAAACCCAUGCUGUGGAGACGCAUAAUGUAGAAAAUAAAACACCCGACCAAUCAAGAUCAACGGAAAAAGAAGCGGCACGCUUAAGCCCACCACAGUCGUCUCAAGAGCUUGAACGAUUUGCUAAUGAUGCUAAAGAGCCAAUCGAACUAAAAGAUCAACUAAUUAGCAAAGAAACUAACGAUGCCGUGGUACAAACGGAAAGCGAAGUGACGGAAUGUCAUAGUGUACAAACCGAGAGUUCAACACUUACAGAGCAACAAGUUGAAGAUGUAAAGUUGUCCAAAGAGCUUGAGCAGCAAGUGAAGGAAAUGCAGCAAAAAUUAAAAGAACGAGACAUUAAGCUUGCGGAAAAUAAAGACGAGCUUUUAGCAGCUAAUAAACGCAUUGCGGACAUUCAAGGCCAAUUAGAGCUUAGUAGGAAGUUCGACGAUACUAAGACAGCUGCUCAAACGGACACAAGUCCAAAGGGCGAUAUUAUUGAGAAAACUAUACUCUCAUUCCACACACUACUCAGUGAAAAAGAUAAGUCCAUUAGUAAAUAUCAGGACCUCCUACAAACUGAACGUGAGCACAUUCAAAUUACCAACACAAAGCUGAACAAUGAAAUUAUGGAUCUCAAGACUACGAUUACAAAUUUGAAUUUCAACAUCAAAACCAAAGAUAUGGAAAUACUUGAGUUGAAGACCAAAUUAGAGAGUAUUAGUGCGCGUAAAAAUUCUUUAGAAAAGCUGGAACUCGCUACAGGCGCUGCCGGUGGGGGCAGCGAUGAUAGCGGAGAUAAUAGUUUGAAUGAGUUAACCGAUGAGAAAAUCGAGGAGAUGUUUCGACAAGAUCCCGCGGCAUCAUCGACAAAUGAACAUAAUGGAGAUGAGGUUAAAACGGCAAUACUUGUAGAUGGCAGUGAACAGUUAGAAAAGCAAGACACAGAAACUCUGAAGGAAACGUCAUCGCUGCUUAAACACAUUAAAGAGUUGAAGGAGAAAGCUAGCUAUUGGGAGAAAACGAUGUCUGUUAAGGAGGAUGAACUGAAUUUAUUAAAGGAAAAAGUAAAUCUCUAUGAGCAGCGCGAAAAGUCGUUGGAGUCCACUAUUAAUCCGGAAGUAGAACAAUUAAGAUUGCUGCUGGAAGAGAAGGACAAGCAUAUCAAUGACCUUACAGAGACACUCAACAAUUUUCACGACGACCAGCAACGCUACAUUAAAGACUCCUCCAGUUACUCGGCCGAUCAGAUAUCGAAACUGCAUGCCGAUCUAACGCGCACCGAGGCAACAAACAAAAUUUACCACACACAAGUCGAAGCACUGCGACGUCAAAUCUCUAGCUUGACACAACGUGAAAAACAGGCGCGAGAAUUAAAUCAAUCACUACGCAAUCAACUCAUAAAACGUCCUGUGGUUUCCAUUAAGUCCGAACUAAAUGCACGAGUUAAAACUGAGAACCUGCAGAAACGCAUACAUGCACUCGAACUGGAGCUAGAAGAAGCGCGCGCCCAAAUACAACGCCAACAAAUUGUGCUCGAUGCGAAGCGUGCGAAAAGUGCAGCCGAAGUUGGUCUUUGGGAAAAACAGAAGCGUUGGCAACAGAGUGCCGAAAAAUUCAAGGCAAAAUACGAGGAAACAGAUGGUGCUUUGGAGAAAACGCGUAGCCUCUUGCAGUCUGCACGAACAAUGAUUGCGCGCUUGGAAAAGGAGAAACAAACGCUCGAAAUAAAACUCGGCAAAGCUGGGCAAUGCGUUGGAAUGCAGACCAUGAAAUGUUGUCGCACACCAUCCUGCCCGAAUUUGCAGCAUGGUGGCAGUAACAGUAGUAAGUAUACGCCUUCUGAAAGUCCAGAAACAUACACGGGCGCGAGUAGCGAAUGCAGUUCACCGGCACACAGUGCGAUUGACCGUCAUAAGCAUAUGCGGACACAUGGACAUUUCUGUGUCGGGGCUAGUGGUAGUGGCGAUGUAUGCAGUGUGACCGAUAAACAUCAACCACAUUCGGAAUUGAUUGAGGCGCUUAAAGCGCGAAUUGAACUACAGCAACGCAAGAUACUUGCGAUGGAAUUGGAAGGCAAAGGCAGCAAUGCGCUCACAACGGAAAUGGAGAAAUUACAAGAGAAACUUUCGGAGAUCGAGGCACAGAACAUACGUUUGGAAGCUAAGAAUUUACAAUUGCAACUUGACAAUGAUCUAAUGCGACAAGGUGAUGCCACAGAGCGUUUGCAGAAGCGCAUCAAAUACUUGGAAGAUUACAUUAUUGCCUUAAAAGAAGAAAUGGCUCAAGCUGAAGCGCGGCGGGAAUUGUGCAAAUGUUCAGGCAUUAAAAUAAAUACGCAAUUGGGUCAGUCAGCUGAGCAGACAAUACUUUCAUUGCGUGGCAUUGUGGAAAAACUGCGCGCAGAAAAUAAGUUCCUUAAAGAUGGUCGACGUUCUUGCGAAUCACGAAACACAAACGAAGCAACUAGUGGAGAUAUGAGUAGAUUACAAAAACUGUAUACCGAAUCGCUGGAUAAAAUAGCUGCUUUGCAAGUGGAGUUGAGUAUGAAAGCGAAAUGCAGAAAUUGCUGCAAGACCGACACUCAUGUUAAUGACGAGCUGGCAUUUAUCAAGGAACAACUUAGUAAAAAAACGCAACUGUUGCAAAAAGCAAAAGUUCUACUCACACGUGCCGCCGCCAAAGAAAAGGUGCUCAAGGAGCAAUUACUCUUGUGGAAGCGCAAAUGUUCCGAGCUUCAAAACGUUCCCGUGAUAGACGAAACUAGUGAAUAAUUGCGCAAACUAAAGUGGAAGUACAAUUUUAAUUUAUUACAAUAGUUGAUUGAUUUUAAUGUCAUCUAACGUAUUCUUUUACAUCAUAAU